CUGGCACAGCAGCUCCUCACCACUUCCUGUCCCAUUUCAUCACCACGCUGCAGAGGAAGACGCCUCACUUCGCUGCUGCCGCUGCACGACUCGGAGCGCUGUGAACUACCUGCACCGACUGGGGACACUGGUCUGAGAUGGAGCUCCAGAACCGGGUACUGGGCCUGCUGGUCCUCGCCUCCCUGCUGCCCUCCACAGAGGCGCUGAGCAUCACUGACCCCCAGCUCUGCUACAUCCUGGACGGGUUUCUGGGUCUCUACGGUCUCAUCAUGACCGGCAUGUUCAUCAAGGAGAAGUUCUUCAGAACCAAAGCGAAGGGCUCAGACGAUGGAACCUACGCUUCUCUCAGCAGAGCGACGGGCGACACCUACGAGCCGCUGAUGACCGACCCGGAGCGAGGACGGAACCGCCGAGCGCCGGAUGACUCCACCUACACGGGCCUGCAGAAACGAUCAGAACCGACGUAUAAAGAGCUUCCUGUGAGGAGAGAGCGUCAGCGGAAGAACGAGCAGGUUUACCAGGGUCUGAGCUCGGUCACCAGAGACACCUACGACUCCCUGCAGAUGCAGCCGCUUCCGGCCCGCUAACCGGGUCGGUUCUGAAGAAUCCUGCAGAUCAGCACCAAGUUUUACUCUGAUUGGACCCGACGGCUCCUCAACAUCUGGGAAUUUAAGGCUUUUCCCACCAGAUUUGGAGCUUUAAAAUUCUGAAAUAUGACAGUUUUUUAUUUAGAGCUCAUCAAUGUGAUCAAUAGUUUUGAUUAGUUUAAAGGGAAAUCAAUAAUUCCACUCAUUAAUUAGCAUUCGAUGCCGAGAAGUUUCACUGUUGUGUAAAUAUUUGUAUGAGGAUGAGAAACAGGAGGAAACCUGCUCAAUAGUUUCUGCUUCUAAUGUCUGACUGUGUGAAGUCUGAAGAACCUGAAGUCAGUUUGAACUGGAUGGAAACACAAGAAGGACAAUUUAAACACAUUUAGUCAAAUCAGAGAUAAAAUCAA